UCCAAUAAAAGAUAAUCUAGUGAUGUACAAGUUCAGGAAUUUGCUCAAAGGCUCUUGAGUCGAGUUUCUCAUUGAUUCUUAUCGACUCCGUUCAAUUUUAGUGAACCCACAUACAUCAUUGGGAGAAUCAACUAUGUCAAACAACUGAGAGGCCAUGAACACCAACUUGUACCCUUAGUGUUACCCGAAGCUUUGCCAGAACAACCAUAAGCCACGACUCCAAAUCUCGAUCAUCUCCUCUAUCCCAACAGUCUUAACCUCGAAUAUCUUGGCCUCAAGCCCCAACCUAGAACAUUUGGCCUCAAUUCUUGAUCGCAUUUUCGUUAACAAUUUCAACCAUACAAAUCCAAGUAUACACCCCCCAGUUAGGCCACUACUCAACACCCUCAUCGACUACAAUACUACUCGACUCCCUCUCGCUAACACAACGAAUGUGCAACGUCGAAUGGAACGUAUUCGACUUCUUUGCAACUCUUCAUUGGAUCCUUUGAGCACGUAACUUGCCUCACGUAAUCAUUUCAAAUACACUAAAUUCUUCGUUCCCAUCCAACCCACAAUCUAGGACUUGCUGUUUUAGUUGACAAACUCAUUAGUGUCCUUCAAAGAUAUGCCUUACUGCAAAUUGAACACGUCCCAACUUCCAAGUGGGAAAUUUCAAGCCGACAAGAAUCCAGGAAAGCCAAAGCCUUUUUGCCUUCCCACCAACAACGAAACCGUCCAGGUUAACUAACAAACCACCGUCGCAGAAAGAAAGAUAUGAAAGAACAAAAACCCAUUUCCCUCGUUAUUAGAUCCUGUCGUGUGCUUCACCUUUCCCCUUGAUUUUUCCAAGUUUCUUCUGGGACCAGGUUGGAGAAUUCUCCACCUCAGAAAUUUUGCUUGGUGAGGAGUCGUCUCACGCCUCCUCUCGCCAGCACAUACCCUUCUUGACUCUUUCUCUCUGCUCGCCCUCUGUUUCCCUCUCUACCUUCAAUUCCACGCCUUUAUAUACGCCCAUCCUUGAUCCCUCCCUGUUCCCAGAUUCUGCAAUCUCCACUUAGAUUCCUUCCUCCCUUUUUUAGUAUCUUCAACGACCUUUCUCAGCCUUCUUGGUCUGUCAGAAUCCAGCAGAAAAGUAGCAAUCUUUGAUCUGGGUUUUCUGAGAACUUCUGGAUCCAAGAGAAUGGUUGGGGGAGCAGCAGCAGCUUUGCCGAUGGUGGGUUCGUCGGUGAUGUUAGAUUCCCUCCCUGAUUUGGCGAUUCCGAGGAGUUCUUCCAUGAAGAAGAAGCAGCAGUUGGCCGGAAGGACGGUGGAACUAGGGAGCUCUUUCGCCAUUUCCGGGAUUUGUAGCAGAAGCAGAAGUAUGGCGAGGAAGCAGCAGAGGAAAGACCAAGGGAAACUUGUAGUCGUGGCAGAGCUCGGCGGCCAGUAUGAAGACAGCUUCGAGGACGUUAAAACGCAAAUAAUGAACUACUUCACGUACAAGGCAGUGAGGACGGUUAUGAACCAGCUGUAUGAGAUGAAUCCAACUCAUUACCGAUGGUUUUACGAUUUUGUGGUCACGAACAAGCCUGGAACUGGGAAGCAUUUCAUCCGUACCUUAGCCAAAGAGAGGCAGGACCUUGCUGAGAGGGUAAUGGUGACGAGGCUUCACCUGUAUGGAAAAUGGAUUAAGAAAUGCAACCAUGCAGAGAUGUACCAAGAGAUUUCAGACGAGAACUUAGCGCUAAUGCGUGAACGGCUCCUGGAGACUGUGAUAUGGCCAUCGGACGAUACCAACACGGAGAAGAUUGGCUGAAUCGAGAAGCUGCUGCUGGAAGAGAUCUACACCGGAAAAGGAUAAAAGGGAAUUCCAGAUGAAUUUUGCUUUGCUUCUUCUUUGUCACUUCGUAGCUCAGGGGACUUCAGACUCGUCAAUGGAAUUUAUUGGUUUUCCUUGGUUGAUCUUUAUAUAUGAUCCAAGGUGAAAAGAAACUGUCACAAAAAAAAGAAGAUAUUAUGUAGCUUGUAUAAUGUAAGAACCUUCUGUGUAUAUAAUGAUACAAGUCAAGCAUCAAUCAUUGGUGAGAUGGUUACCUUUCUUUCUAAGCAAAGAUGUGGCAAUCUCUUAUGAAGCAGAGCUGUAAAGGGGAAGAGACCCGCAAUAAGUACAAUGCCCUGCUUCGCACAUAUAGCAUGUACCAAAGUUAAUCUCUGAUUAUUGUUGAUAAUGAAUGCUUUUGAUUUGAUCCACGGCUCCGACACAACCCUGUGUACUAUAAACUAC